AACUUCAUGAAGCCGGUUUGACUCAGGGACACUGUGUUCGUGCAGCAGGACAUCACACACUUACAUCAAGCUGCAUGUGUGUGAAUGAGCAAAGUGCAAGGUCCCCUCAGAGCACAGAUAUGAGCCGUGGACAGCUCUAGCUCCUCUCUUCACCGCUCCAGAUAACUUUCUAUGUGCCUUUUUUAACACUUUUGUUUUUUAUUAGCUUCUUUUACUUUUUGCACCGAACAUGUCGUGCCUUUUGCUGGGAGUUAUACGAAGGCGGGGUGGCGUUGGGGCAAGUGUUGGGGUUCGGUCCCUGGCCUCCAUCCCUUCGCUGCCUCCGGCAGUGGCAGAGUUUGUCAAGGGAGCAGUGGAAGAGUGCAAGCCCAGCAGUGUGCAUGUGGUUACGGGGACGCCAGAGGAAACGGCCAACAUCCUGGCAGGCCUGGAGAAGGAAGGGAUGGUCAAGAGGCUUCCCAAAUAUGAUAACUGCUGGCUGGCACGUACAGACCCAAAGGAUGUGGCUCGGGUGGAGAGCAAGACAGUGAUUGUGACCAAGAACCAGAGGGACACCAUUCCCAUCCCUGCCGGAGGCAUGAAGAGCCAGUUGGGCAGCUGGAUGAGUGAGUCGGACUGGCAGAAAGCCAGAGAGGAGCGCUUCCCCGGCUGCAUGACAGGUCGGACCAUGUAUGUGAUUCCCUUCAGUAUGGGUCCAGUGGGCUCUUCUCUGUCCAAAUAUGGUGUCCAGGUGACCGACUCGCCAUACGUGGUGGCCAGCAUGGGCAUCAUGACACGAAUGGGCACCCCGGUCCUGAACAAACUGUAUGAAGGCGAGGAGUUUGUGCGCUGUCAACACUCUUUGGGACGGCCUCUACCCCUCAAAGCCCCUCUGGUCAACUCAUGGCCGUGUAACCCAGAAAAGGUGCUGAUAUCUCACCUGCCCGACUCCCGGAAGAUCAUGUCCUUUGGCAGCGGCUACGGAGGAAACUCUCUCUUGGGGAAGAAGUGCUUCGCCCUCCGCAUCGCCUCCCGCAUUGCCAAGGAUGAAGGCUGGCUGGCAGAGCACAUGCUGAUUUUGGGUAUCACCAACCCUCAAGGAGUGAAGCGUUAUGUUGCUGCAGCGUUCCCCAGUGCCUGUGGUAAAACCAACUUGGCCAUGAUGAAACCAUCUCUGCCAGGCUGGAAGGUGGAGUGCGUGGGAGAUGACAUUGCAUGGAUGAAGUUUGACAGCCAAGGUAAACUGAGAGCCAUCAACCCAGAGAACGGUUUCUUCGGUGUGGCUCCAGGUACUUCGGACAAGACCAACCCCUACGCCAUGGCCACCAUUGCCAGAAACACUGUGUUCACCAAUGUUGGCGAGACCAGUGAUGGAGGCGUGUGGUGGGAGGGUCUUGACCCCCCUGCUGCUGGUACCACACUUACAGACUGGCACGGCAAAACCUGGAAGCAAGGCAGCUCAACUCCAUGUGCCCAUCCCAAUUCCCGCUUCUGUGCGCCAGCGGCUCAGUGUCCCAUCAUCGACCCCCUGUGGGAGAGCGACGAAGGUGUUCCCAUCGAUGCCAUUAUCUUCGGUGGCAGGAGGCCAGAAGGAGUUCCUCUGGUCUACGAGUCAUUCAACUGGCAACAUGGAGUGUUUGUUGGAGCCGCAAUGAGAUCUGAGGCCACGGCAGCUGCUGAGCAUAAAGGCAAGAGUAUUAUGCACGACCCGUUUGCCAUGCGGCCAUUCUUCGGGUACAACUUUGGCGACUACCUUGCUCACUGGCUGAGCAUGCAGAACCGAAAGGCCCCCACUCAUCUUCCCAAGAUCUUCCACGUCAACUGGUUCAGAAAGAACCCUGCGUCCGGCGCCUUCCUCUGGCCCGGCUUUGGCGAAAACGCCCGUGUGCUGGAGUGGAUCUUCAAGCGCUGCAGCCGAGAGAGAGAGGACGAGGGUGCUAAGAAGAGCAUUGUCGGCUGGCUGCCAGAAAAUGGCGCCAUUGAUACUAAAGGUCUCGGUAGCAACGUAGACAUGGGUGCUCUGUUUGACGUGCCCAAGUCUUUCUGGCAGAAUGAGACCAAGGAGUUGAGAGCAUACUUCACCCAGCAAGUUGGAGCCGACCUGCCCGCUCAGGUGGAGGCCGAGCUGAAGGCGCUGGAGGACAGGGUGCACAAUUAAAACCUUACUGACCUCAGAAACAGAGAGAAAGUCACUGAUGACAGGAUAACGAUCAUUAGGGUGCAAUCACAGCCAGUGGCUGGGUUUACAUACAAGGAGAAUUUAGUUCAGAGAGGGUUUGCUGAUAAAUCCCCACUAUCAAACUUUCUCUGUGCAUGAAAACUCAGCCAGUGACUCCUUCCUUUCUCUUUUAUGAAGAGAAAUCGGUUCAUAAUGUAAUGUCACAGGUGGUAUGAGAGGGGAAACUAAUAAUCUACAAUACAACAUCUACCUUUGUGUCACUACUUCACGCUAACACUGCAACACUGAAGGACUAGUGCUGGGUUGUUGGUUUAUCAAACGUGUCAUGUAGAGACGCUAAUGUCACUCAACCACCAUGGUGCACAAUCAAUAUGGCCUAGCAGUGCCUUCGAGACAUUUAACAAUACAGUGUCCAGGCUGCUAAUGUUUACAGGCUGAAACCCAAAGAUCUUUUUUUUUUAUGGCAAAAAUCUGACAAGUUUUAAAAUUUGUAUUCAUUAAGAGGUUUUAAGUCAGUUUUAGCACCAGCUCUUUUAAUUCACUAUUGUCCUUUAUUUUUUAAAUUGAGCUUUAUAACUAAAAAACAACCAUCAAAGAUCCAUUACCUACUCAAUACAUUGUAGCAGGUUUCCAUUGUGGCCCAGGAUCACUAUGCUUAAUUCAUUUAGCCACUUUUGUAAUGUUUGUGAUUAGACUGUAUGAUUUCAGAUGAUGUUUACACACAAUAUGUGAAAUGUUGGACCAAUAAAUGCGACUGAGAUUACUAGGUAUUUUUAGAAGUUGUAUGCAAAGGUUUUUAUUAACGUGCAAUGAAUAAAUAUCUUAAAAUGCAA